UGCAGCUGGGGGCCCAGGGAGCUGCUCAGCCAGGCUCCUGCUGCUGCUGCUGCUGCAGAGAUUCUGUCAGCCUGGGGCUGCUGAGAAGGUGGAAGGAAAAUGUCUGAAAGGGUUUCUGUCUUGCAGGUCCCAGUGUCAUUUGCCGAUGUCUCAGUCAGUUUCACCCGGGAGGAGUGGGAGAUCUUGGCGGAAUGGCAGAAGGAGCUGUACUGGGACGUGAUGAGAGAGAACUAUGAGAUACUGAUAUCACUGGGUGGUGAUAUGCCCAAACCUGCCCUCCUGCUGCUGAUGGAGGAAGGGGGAAAGCCCCGUGCGGAGGAGGCCUCUGCCUGGGAGGCCCUGGACCCCGUGUCCAUGGUUGCUGAAUGCCUGAAUGCAAGUGGAAAGGUGAAACUGGAGGACAGCGAAGUUGAAAUCCAAAUCCCUGAGCGUCUCCCUUUAUCUGUGGAGGAAAGGCCCGUUUCGUGGGGCUCGGAGAACAAUGCUUCACCUUUGGGUGGUCAGCUGCACACGGCCCCCCAGGCUGCUCUCAGCGAUGUCGAUGGCAAAGCUCCCGCUGUCCUCACUAAGUGCAAGACAGAGCCCUUCGGGGAGGUGGAAGUUCCACUCGAGUGUCCUUCGCGGUGUGACGGCAGUUUGCGAUGGCAGCUCCAGGCCGACGGCACCGCCCUGCAGGAGGCUCGCUGCCGUGCGAAGGAAGAGAUUGAAGAAGAUGGUGGCUAUGGAACGGGUUUCAGUGCUCAGCAGUACCAGAGUGCCCCCAGAGAAGAGGCAGAGGCUCCUCCAUGCACCAAAUACGAUGAAAGCUACAGCCCGUGGCUGGGUGCCGCUGGCAGCCAGAGGACUCAUGUGGGAGCGGAUCCAUCCAGCGGUGGCAAAGACCAGAGUCUUGUCAUCUGCAAGACUGAGAUAAUGGAUGACCUCCAGGUUCACAUAGUGGAGGAGCCUUAUCCGGGCGAGUCCCCGGCCGGCGAGCAGCAGCGAGAUCAGCAGAGAGAGCGGCUCCUGUGGUGCUCCAAGUGCGACAGGGACUUCCUGCGCCGCUCGGACCUGGUGAGGCACUGCCGAGUGCACAGCGGCGAGCGGCCGUACCGCUGCAACCGCUGUAGCAAGGGCUUCCGGCGGCGCUCGCACCUCAACGAGCACCUGCGCACACACACGGGCGAGAAGCCCUUCCAGUGCAGCCUCUGCCCCAAGAGCUUCAGCCGGCGCUCCACCCUCAACAAGCACCAGGAGAUCCACGCCAAGGAGCGGCCCCGGAGGCGCGCCGAGCGCCCCAGGGAGCCAGCCUGGCAGAACGACCUGCCAAAGCCGCGCCGGGCCUGCAAGGCGGACAAGGCCUACCCAAGCGGGAGGGGCCACGCGACCUUCAGCACGCUGGGGCCCGUGGCCCAGCACAAGAGGACACACGCCGGGGGGAAGCCCUUCCCUUGCGGUGUCUGCGGCAAGAGCUUCAGCACGCGCUCCUACGCUGCCAAGCACGAGCGUGCCCACCUGGAGGAGUGGCCCUACCCCUGUGCCCUGGGCCCCGAGAGCUUCACCGGGCAGCAGGCCCUGGCCAGGCGCCAGCGGGUGCCCAGCGGCGAGAAGCCCUUCCCCUGCGGCUUGUGCGGCCGGUGGUUCCGCCGGCGCUCCCACCUCAGCGACCACCUGCGCACGCACACCGGCGAGAAGCCCUUCCGGUGCAGCCUCUGCCCCAAGAGCUUCACCCGGCGCUCCACCCUCAACAAGCACCAGGAGACCCACGCGCGGCCGGGCCUGCGGGUCGCCCGGGACAGAGACCCCCUCCACAAGCUGCCCCGCCGCAGCCACCCGGCGGCCAAGCCCUACCCCUGCGGCAGGUGCCACAAGAGCUUUAGCACCCGGGCCUAUGCCCUGCGGCACGAGAGGUCUCACACCGAGGAGAGGCCGGGUCUGCCCGGCGUGGGCGACCAGAGCUUUGGCAGGCAGACUCGCACCGUCAAGCACGAGACCGGCCCCCAGGGAGAGGAGCCCUGUUGGCCCCAGGGCCACGGGAACGGGGUCUGGUCACAAUCACUUGCCUUCAAGGAGAGGCCGUUCCCAGGGGCGAGCGUCCUGGGGCGAGCGCCGGAGCAUCUGCCUGCUCCUGCCAAGGACAAGCCCUACCCCUGCCCCCUCUGCCCCCAGAGCUUCAGGAGCCCGCUGGCUUUGAAGAGGCACCAGCCGAGCCACACGGAGGAGAAGCCCUUCUCCUGCAGUCUGUGCGACAAGCAGUUCCGCCGGCGCUCCUACCUCAACGUCCACCGGCGGGUGCACCUGGAGAACGGCCCCUACCCGUGCGCCCUCUGCGAGAAACACUUCAUCUUCAAGUGCGACUUUGUCAAGCACUACGGCUUCCACACGGGCGAGCGGCCCUACCCCUGCAGCCGCUGCGCCCGCAGCUUCCGCAAGCAAUCGCACCUCACCGAGCACCUCCGCAUCCACACCGGCGAGAAGCCUUUCCCCUGCAAACUGUGUGACAAGCGCUUCGGCCGCCGCUCCACACUGACCAAGCACCAGCAAAUCCACACCCGCUGUGCGCCCCUCCGCUUCACCGACUGCUAGAAAACCUUCGCUGUGGAGUUGGUGUUUAUCAUGCACCAGAAAAUGCACGGCAGGGCAGCCGCACCCAGUGUGUGACUCCGUUUCCAGAAGCACGGCAUACCUGCAUGGGCCAGCCCACGAUCUGUAGCCAGCUGCUGCACGGGACAGGGAGUCACUCCAAGGGCCAGCUUUGCUGACUGCCAAAGUGGAGAAUCCAACGUGAAAUCAGUCUUACUGUAUGGAGCUGAAACCUGGAGGAC